AUGGAGCCGCUGAACUGACUGAACGGCAGACGGCGGGGGGCCCACCCGACCCGACACCAUCCGUCCGUCACGUCAAUCUACGUACUCUAUCCGUCCCGCGGCAAUCCACUCACUGCCCGUUCGCCCGCCCGAGAGCUCCCUCGCUCGGCUCCCUCGCUCGAGCGAGUCACCACCACCACCACCACCACCACCAUCAGCUGCUAGGUCGAACCUAACCUCUGCGCUUCUGCACCUGCGAGCCGUCCCCCAGUCGCCCCGGCUCUGGCUCACUUGCAGGCGGCAUUGGGCGGCCCCUCAAUUGUCCUUCCAUCCAUCGACUGUCCAUCGCAGCUCCACCUCGCCCUCGUCCAUCUCGUGCCUCUCCUCCUCUCCCACGACUCCGCACGAUCGCUCUCCUCUUGCAUCGCCUCCGACCUGCACCCACCCUCCGCUGCCAUCGCCAUCUCCCCUUCCGACCCGACCUCCAUCGCCAGCCGGCGUCUCGACACCGUCCUCACGGUGGCCCGCCUCGUUUCACGCAGGCGACCAUCAAGCUCCCGACCCCGCCGCCGGUGUCGUCUGUCUGCUCCGCCCUCGUGUGCGGGAGCAGGCCCGAACCCAACCCCCCCCCCCCUCCAUACCCCUCGAGCUCCGGGCACAAUACAGCUCCCGACGACGAGAGCUCGAGUGACGGCAAACCCGUGGCCGCUGGCGACUGGCCGUGCUGCGUCCGCGCCACAGACUCUGGUCUCGCUUCGUCGGGGCCUCAGUCUGAACGCGCCGUGGCCGUCCUCGCCCGUCGGCCCAAGUCGCGCCAUUCCCUCCACGGGGACCAGCCGCGAUCGUCCCCGUUCCCCAAAGCAUGACUGCUGAGGCCAGGAGUGGUCACCAAGAUGUUACAGGCCGCCUCCCCGCGUCAGCAGCCAUGCCUUCCCAGACCGGAGGAAGAAGAGACAGAGCCAACACGCUCGUCUGGCGUUAUCGCACGGAGAUAGCCGCCAGCACGUCGAGCGUAUUCUCCACGCUCGCCGCCUUUCCGCUCGAUAGCGUCAAGACGCGCAUGCAAACCUAUCAGUAUAGUGGCUUCCUCGACUGCGUCAAGCGCACCUACCGCACCGAGCAUCUCGCGGGCUUCUUUCGAGGCGUCACGGCUCCCAUGGCCAGCAUCACUCUCGUCCGCACCGUCUCCUUUUCCAUCUACCAACGAGCCAAAUACGCCUAUUCCGGCUGGGUCAAGCAAAAUUUCGGAUACGACAUCAUUCAGCAUGUGAACCGCCCGGGCACAUACCCCAACCUCUGGUCGAUUGCAUGUUUCGGUGCGGCCGGCGCGACGGCGGGAUCCGCUAUUACCUUUCUCGCCUGCCCCUUCGAACUGACCAAGCUCUCGGCACAGGUCUCUGUGCUUCUGGCGGAGCGCGCCGGCAGCUGCCAAAAGAGCCGCGCGGUAGCCUCGAGCUACCAGAACAAGGGGACGCUGCGAACCAUGGCCAACAUCAUCAAGCACCGUGGCGUCUUAGGCCUCUACACGGGAUUCCGUCUCCAUCUCUUGCGCGACACGCUGGGCACGUCCAUCUACUUCAUGGUGUACGAGAGCGGCAAGCAAUUGGGGACGACAUUCGCCGGCGACAGUCCAAACAGCAAUAAGUUAGCUGUAGUUGCAGCCGGCGGCAUGUGCGGGCUCGUCUCGUGGGCCAUGAUUUACCCUAUCGAUUCCGCCAAGAGCAUCUACCAGCGCAACUCACUCCUCCAUUCGCGGGGCGAGAAGGUCGACCCGGCGCCCAAGAUUGAGUUCUUCAAGCGCCACAUGUACCGCGGGCUGGGCGUGUCGAUGAGCCGAUCGUGUGUCGUCAAUGCCAUCUUCUUCUCGUCGUUUGAGUUUAUCAAGAAGCGCAUCAAGGAGGAUGGCAAGCCUAAAGGUGCCAUCUGACACGGAGGAGCACAGGCGCCGCAGCUGCUGCACCAACAGCAAAGGAAAAAACCGACAAAUCAACAAGGGUCACUUGGGUUCGAUUAUGUUGUUUUUACACUCUUGCUUCCAUUUUCUAAGAAGCGGCCGGGGAGCCAUCGGCCGUAUGCAUCACGACGAGUUGGGCGUUUGGGUUCUCAGAGUAUGAAAUUUGCCUUACGCCGUUCAUCACCGGCAGGAAUCGCUCGAGGAGAGUCGCCGCGCAGCAGAGCAAAGACGGGCUUGACGUCGGACAACGGGCACCCGAGGAGGAGAACCGAGGACGAGCGGCCCAUUGCGGCGGGAUGUCUGUCUGUCACUGGUCAUGAUUCCGCGCGUUGGGGCCGUGUUUAUGUAGCGAAACGAAUCGAGUAUCUAGUCUUCCAGACUACCGCCUACCCUUCCUUUAUGCCUUGCCGACUGCAACGCUAUGGUGUUUUUGUUGUCACCUCUCAACGAGUUUCUCCGAGAAACCGAGCACCACCUCCUCAACGCCGCCGCCCGCAACAUGUACAAAAACAACGACAUGCAAUGCACGAUGGGAAAAAAGCAAGAUUGGCC